AAUUGAUGGAAUUUUAAAAUGUUUCUCGUCAUCUCGUUAUUGUUUGUUAAUUUAGUUCGGGCAUCUGAAAAGCCUGUUAUUUUUCCAACGCAUUCCAUCAGCCAUGGUUCUCUCCAUCCACGCACGUUUUACCUGACAAACGAGCAAGAAAAUGAAGUUAUCAGAAGAGUUGUUUGUGAAGAUUUCGAUUGCCCAUUCUUCACAGUUGAAAGAGAUCAUCCCAACUUCAUGAGACCAUCCCAACUCCAACAGAGAAAUUAUAGGGAAUCAAAAUUCCUAUUCUCGUCCGACAGGCAAAAAUGCAAUGCAACCAAAACUCUAGAUUUAGCCAUGAGCAAACUUACUGCUUAUAGACAAGGAUCAAAUGCGCGUGAAAAAGUAUAUCCUGCAACUCAACCAGUUCUCGUUCAGAUUGACCAAUUUUCUACAGUUCGUUCCAGCAAUCCUUGGUGUCGAUUGACCUUCACUGCUGGGUUUUACACACCUCAUUAUUGGGGAAUCCCCGCUGCUCCUCUCGAAGCUUCGCUCAAAUUUCUCCAGCUUAAUGAAAAUUUUCCGGUUUUUGUCCAUACAUUUACCGGUUCCAUCGAACGUCAUUUACUUAAUGAGGUCGAAAUCUUUCGAGAAAAUUUAGAAAAACUUCAACUGUGUUACAAAUCAAUUAGGUUUUAUUUAGCCCUGUACGAUAUACCAGUUCUUAAAGAUGAUUCCCGACACGAAAUAUGGUUCGAAAAGUGUUAAAAAAUACGAAUUUCUGUACUAAUGAUGUCAUGUGAUAUAUUGUAUAUAUUAUCUACAAGGUU